AUGUCAUCUUCGGAUAUCGGAGUGUCAGACACGCUUGAUCCUAUGGCGGUAGUCUCGGGCGACGAGAUCCUAUCUGAGAGCGAGGUUUAUACGUCAGAUACUACGAGCAGUGAUGAGGAAGACUUCCAUCCUUUUGCCCUACCAGACUUUGUGGAUGAUAUGCCUCUAGCUGAUGGUCCUUUCGAUGGGGAUCUACCUCUUAUUCAGGUCCCUGCUCCUUUCCCACUCGCUGCAGUUCCUGUCGAGGAUCUGCCACAUGACGAGUUCGCUGAUGAUGACAUCGAUUUAUUCAUUGAGGGUCCACCGGAGGGUGACCAGGAUGGUGUGGCCCUUAUGGAUGACGAUUUCCUUCCUACUGAUGUUCCCGUUGAUGACCAUGUUGUUCCCAUGGUUGAGGUUCCUGCUGAUGUUCUAGUUGCUGACCCUGUUGUUCCUGUUGAGGCUCCUGUUGAGGAGGCCUUAUCCGAUCCGUCUGAUCCAGACUCGUUUGAGUCUGUAGCGUCCGGUUCACUUCACACCCAGGGCGUGCAGUACUACUCAUUCGACUCCGAUUCAGACAUGGCGAUGUCUGUUGCGCCCCUCGUUCCCCACGACGUUGACCCAGAUCCUGAGGUCGAGUUCGUACCUACUGAGCCUGCUCUAGUUGUCCUGGCACCACCUAUUGUUGAUGCACCAGUCGUCGUACCACCGGUUUCUGAUGUUCCUAUUGUUGAUGCACCAGUCAUCGUACCACCGAUUUCUGAUGUUCCUUUUGUUGAUGCACCACUGCCUGAUCCUGUGCCGGUGUUUGUUGACCGUGCACCUUUUGCCACACAUGUCGAUCCGAGAUAUGCUGACACCCAUAGUUCAGACGAGGGCGAUGUGGCCCUUAGCCGCUUUUGA